AGUGAGAAAAAGGUUCUCCGUUUAAGUCGACCAGUGAGGAAACGCCAUUCAUGAACAACAGGAGCAACGCACAAAUAGCCUAAAAUCUCUCUACCAAUCUCCCCCACACUGAAAAUCUCUUUCUCCGCUCAAAACCACUGGAAAACCCUAGAAAAACCCUACAAUUCCUACAUCACACAACCCAAAAAAAUCCUUAAUUUCCACCAAGUCAACCUACCGAAAUUCUAGGGUUAGGGCUUUGGAGAUAGAGAUUCUGAUGGUUAAACACAAUGGAGGACAGGAAGGAUGUUAUCAAUGGCGGAGAAAAUGGGAGCUCGAGUGAGGGUCGGCCACCGAACCCGAUUUCGUCGGCGUAUCGGCAGUGUUUCGGCAGUGCCAAGGUCAACGCGCCAUGUAAGAAGUCCUUGGUUCGGCACCCAUCUCUGCUGAAGAUGAAGACAACAGAAAAUUCUGUUGAAUCAGGACUGAGUGUAGAAGAUCAUGAGACUGAUUUCAUUCCAAUUGUUCGUUCUGGAGCAUGGACGGACGUUGGGUUUCGAAAAAGCAUGGAGGACGUGUAUGUUUGUGUUGACAAUUUUACAAGCGAAUAUGGGUUCAAGAAUUUGAACGAAGAGCCUAAUGCCUUCUAUGGGGUUUUUGAUGGUCAUGGAGGAAAGCAUGCUGCGGAUUUUGUUUGCUACCAUCUGCCAAGGUUCAUUGUUGAGGAUGAAGACUUUCCAAGGGAGAUUGAGAGGGUUGUUGCUUCUGCUUUUCUGCAAACAGACAAUGCUUUUGCAGAAGCUUGCUCCUUAGAUGCCGCCCUUGCUUCUGGUACCACCGCAUUGGCAGCUCUUGUCGUUGGAAGGUCAUUGGUGGUGGCUAAUGCUGGAGAUUGUCGUGCAGUACUCUGUCGGCGUGGCAAGGCAAUUGAAAUGUCAAGGGACCACAAACCAGUUUGCUCCAAGGAAAAGAAGCGCAUUGAAGCAUGUGGAGGCUAUGUCUAUGAUGGCUACCUCAAUGGACAACUCAAUGUUGCUCGAGCUUUAGGAGACUGGCACAUGGAAGGACUGAAGGAUGUGGAUGGUGGACCCCUGAGUGCAGAGCCUGAGUUCAUGACAACAAGACUUACUGAAGAAGAUGAAUUCCUCAUCAUAGGUUGUGAUGGGAUCUGGGAUGUCUUUAGAAGCCAGAAUGCUGUGGAUUUUGCCAGGAGAAGACUUCAGGAACACAACGACCCGGCCUUGUGUAGCAAGGAUCUAGUUGAUGAGGCUUUAAAGAGAAAGAGUGGAGACAAUCUGGCUGCUGUUGUGGUGUGCUUCCAACCCCAGGCCCCCCCUAACUUGGUUGCCCCACGACCAAGGGUGCAAAGGAGCAUUUCUGCAGAGGGUUUGAGGGAGUUGCAGAGCUUCUUGGAUGGCUUGGGAAAAGACUAGCGAACAAUGAAUGAUCUUCCUUUUUUUUUUGUCCUUCAAAAUUUCAAAAUUGUAGCUUUAGAUCUCUUGAGUAGAGUGUUGUGAGGUGGUCAUUCAACUGUAACAUAUGCGGCUCUAAGUGGGGGUUAAACACAUUUUGCUGGUUUUGUAGUGUUUCAGCCAUCUUGUUUCAGCCUUUUACUUUCAGUUGGUUCAAUUGAGUGAAUCAUCAUCAGACUAUAUUGCCUUCGGUUUGAAUGUUCCGGAUGAACCCAUUUGUCGUAGAGCUUGCUUCCAUGUGUGUAUUACUUGUUUCUAUGUUUUCUAUCAAAGCUAUGGGGGAGUUGAUAU